AUGGUGUCACGAAGGGAAAGCGGCGAACUGGGGGACACUGGAAAGCAGCGCGAGCAUCCCGGAAAAGCAGCGGUAAGCGAGGUGCAACAGCUGCUGCUGCUACUGCUGGUUAGUGCGAUUAAAAAAGAAGCGGUAGCACAGGGAAAAGCUGUGACGAGCAUUGUGGGAAGGAAAAGGAAGCACAAAAAUGAUCUGCUGAAGGCUCGUCCGGAUAUCGAGGAUUUCCAAGCAAAUCCAUAUCUCUAUUCGCCGGAACCGCCCAAAUUUGUCAGUGUCACUUCGUACAGUCGCAUAAUGGCGCAUCGGAUUAUUCUGCAGGGAGAUGUGAAGAAUUUGCGACGAGUUGCAUACGAUAAUAAUCGCUUCAAUGUCGCUGCUUUCGCGCAGACUUAUUGCAGUGCAACGAAGUUAACGGCCGAAGGAGAGGCGGUGUUGACCGGGAACCAGAACCUGAUAAAUGCAGUGCUUUCGCUGAAAGAUGAUGCCAAAGCUGGACAGGCUAAAUGGGAGCCAGUGCUGCUGAGUGAGGUAAACAUUCAGCAGUUUUAA